UCGUUGAUUGGCUGCGGAGAUAUCCAGCCGCUACACCCCGCCGUUGAUUGGAUGAGAAGAGGCCAACCUUCCACCACAGUUAGACUUUCCCUGAGUCUGUUGCUGGGCAACCGAUUUGCUUCCUCCGGCUCAGCGGACACCUUGUCACACCUGCGAAGCCUAAACCACAACUUGCUGGGACUGUCUUAUGCCCACUCUCCUCAUUGCCACUUCAAGAGCCAACAACCCGGGUGGCCCCAGUUGCUCAUCCAUAUUUGUGUUGGGAGGGUGGGUUGGCGCUGCAGUAACACUCCGCAGAUGAGUGAGACCCCAAUUUCCCUUCUGGAAGUCUUCCUUUAGAGGAGUCAGAAUAGGAAAAGAAAAGUCAUUGUUAUAUCCCAAACUAAGAAACCGUUUAUCUUGGGAAUGUUCUGGGAUUCUAGAAAGCAAGUGACCUCUGAGACCUAACUGAAUGUAGAUGGAUGACCCAAAACCUCAGACAGGUGGCUCAGAGUAAACCUGAGGAGCUCGCAGUCUUCCUGUGAACAGUGGCAGAUCCUCUGCUGCGUUAUCAUGUACAGCAGAGCUUACAUCUUGCUGAAAAGAGACUUAAAAGAGUUGAACCAGAGCAAUUUUGUGGGUAUUACUGCUUUUCCUAUAACUGAUGAUAUGCUGAAAUGGCAAGCUGAAAUUGAAGGUCUACAGAAUUCAAGUUUGCAUGGAUUUGUUUUACAACUGACAAUAGAAUUUACAUCAGAGUACAACCUUGCCCCUCCAGUUGUGAAAUUUACAACAAUUCCUUUUCAUCCAAAUGUAGACCCAUAUACUGGUCAGCCCUGUGUAGAUUUUUUGGACAACCCCAAGAUGUGGAAUACAGGCUAUACAUUGAGCAGUAUCUUACUUGCCCUACAGGUUAUGCUUUCUUACCCAGUGCUGGAAAACCCAGUGAACAUGCAAGCGGCCCAAAUGCUGAUUAAAGAUGAAUAUAUGUAUAGAAAAAUAAUUCGAAAGCUCUUCCAGGAGCCAUUAAAACUGAAGGAUGAUGACAUGCAGUUAUCUCAAGACCAAGAUAAAUUGGUCAGAUCAAUUAAAUCCAUCUCAUUUAAUGAUUACUACAAGACAUGGUCUAGAAUAGCCACAUCCAAAGCGACAGAAUCCUACAGAGCUCCACUGCUUGGAGAUCCACAUUUCAUUGGAGAGUAUUAUAAAUGGAAGAAAACUGAUAAAGGACAUCCUAAAGAAUGGAAGUUAAAGUAUGCUGCUACCAAGUCUCAUCUUGCUAGAGAAAACAAAAUGCUUCACCAAGUCCAUGAUUCAAUUGAAAAGCCUCUCUGGCCAACUCCAGAUAAAGUUUCUACAGAUUCACAUGCUGGAGAUGAUGAUAUAGAUGCAGAGUCCUGGGAAAAUGAAGUGGAUGACCUGGUUGCCUGGACCAACACUCUCAGUGUAGAUAAUUUAGAAGAUGAGACCUAACACUUCAGGAUUUAAAAAACAAACAACCUUAACCUUAGCUCAGUUGUGUGGAGCAACUUUGGGAGACUGUCAGAACUUGGUUUCUGUUUGUUUGUUUUUCAGGGUGAUCAAGCAAAAAUUUUAAAAAGGCAAAUAUAAAUUAAUGAACAUGUUGCUUAGAAUUUUGAGCUUUGCUUUGUUUAGAACUAAGCCCAAUUAAUGGUAUUGAUACCGGUGUUGAGAAUCAGGCCUGAGUCCCAUUCCCCCCUUGUUGAAGAUUGAAUACCCUUGAAAUGCCAAGGCAAGUGCAGAAAGGAUAGGAGAGAGAGAGAGAGAGAGAGAGAGAGAGAGAGAGAGAGAGAGAGAGAGCACUCUACAGAGGAGGGGGUUCAAAUUGCCUUAGUGAGGGUGACCUGCCCCUUUUAUCCUUUCUUCUAAUGCUCACUGCCUAUCUUGCCUACAUGGCCAAAAUUGGGAAAGGAGCCUACAGGGGUGCCUCAAUUCCCUGGAGGCAGGUAGCCUUGGCAACAGAUUGGAGGAGGAGGAAGUGCUCUAGAGGUAUUAGGAUUUUAUUUCCUCUUGAAUCAGCUCCCUAUUCCUGAUCCAAUCAUCAUUACCUACACUGAUUGUCCUUUUGCCCCUGGCCUCAAUCCCCCUUCUGAGAAAGGAACCCUUGGUGCCGUAAGGGGAAAUGGACAAUGACUGCUCUGGCUGCUUCAGGCUGAGAGGAGGUGAUGUAGAGCAAGCAGUUUGGGUUUCCCUUUUAGGAAUGUUUUGGGCCUGUCAAGUGGUCUGUGGUAAAAGUCUGGUUCUGAAAGAAGAGACUAUAAAGUGAUCUGGAAGAUGAGUGCUUCUAUGAGAGAAACAAGAAGUCAUGAGUAUUGGAAUGAGAUUAAUACAAAAUAAAUGUCACACACAUCUGAAACAUGUCAA